GAUGAUGUCCAAAGAGAUGGGACUCGCAUGCCAAAAGCAGCCGAAUCGCCUUCUUCUUUUCGCGGGUGUCCUUUUAGAUUGGUCCUUGUUCGGUCAACGUCCGUAUCAUUCUGAACUGACACAGGACGCCUCAUUUUUUAGAGUGCCUUACCCUUCUGGAAUCUGGGGUUGGUGCCCUUCAUAUAAAUUACGAUGCGUAAGGAGGGUGCAAGGUCGCAGCCGUCCCCCCGCCCUCCUGCACCAGAUGCUCGAGCAUACCAUGUACCUCUGCUCUCGAUGGGCAGGCCUCGUCAAAUCCAAGAAGAGUGCAUCCGAGAUCGCGCUUUCCGUGGCACCCAUUGAAGAGCUUCCCACCGAGAUCCUCAUGCUCAUUUUCGAGGAAUAUUGCGACAAUUGGAGCCCAGCAGAUGAUACGUCGUUGCCUCAGCUCUGCCUGUCGCAAGUAAACCGCCAAUGGCGCUCGAUCGCGGUCAGCCUGGCGUCCUUGUGGACGAAGCUCGCCAUUACCCCACAUUUCUCUUCACACAUCGUCUCAGUUUACCUCGAACGAUCCCAGAAGCUCCCUCUCGACCUCGACCUCGAUCUCCGCUAUGAAGCGACCGACGACCUCAAGCGCAAGCAAGUUUCGACGAUCUGGAAUGCCGUCAAAUCGAGCGCGGAUCGUUGGCGUCGGCUAACGCUGCAACUCGGGCCCCACGAUGCCAGCGUCGUAUCAGAGGACUUACGAGAGCUGGGAGCGCCGCUUCUAGAAGAGCUCGAGAUAACCUCUUCCUCUCACGUCUCCGGAAUAACGACUAUCCUUAAUGGUGGUGCGCCAUCGCUCCGGCACCUGCGCCUCGUCGGCAUGUCUCUGCAGCGGUUCAGCCCUGCACUCGACCAGUUGACGAAGCUCGACCUGACGUCAAACUGCCCCAUGCAGUUCACGGUGUUCAAGGGCCUCUGCCAGAAGAUGGUCAAGCUCGAGGAGCUCACGCUCCGGAGUCGCGUCGUCGAGGCCUGGCCGCUCUACCCUUCGAAGGACGAGAUCGUCCCUUUCCCGGAACUGAAGGUCCUCAAGGUCUCCGACCGUCGAUGGCCUCUCUUCAUCCCUCUCCUCUCCAUCUCUGCCCCCGCUCUUCAUACCCUCUCCCUCUACGACCUCGUCGCUCACGACCUACCCGACAAUUUCAUGGAGCCUCAACUGCGCGACAACUACCCCUCGAUCCGCAACCUGAUCCUCAAGGGCAAGUCCUCCUUCAUUGACGACGCGUCCUUCGCGCAGCUCACGCGCGUCUUCCCUGACAUCGACCACUUCGCGCUCCUGGGUGUCGACGAGUUGUUUGUGCGCGAGUCUUCACUGGCAAUGCAACAGACGAGCAUCUGGCCCAAGCUGCGCACGAUCAGCAUGAUGCCCGUCGUCGGCGAGGAGAUGCUCUGCAGCCUCAUCUCUGCUCGCACCGUCCCGACGGCGGAGAUCCCGCUGAAGACCGUCAUCGUCCCUCUGCCGACGCCGUUCCGCCGGCUAGGGUCGAUAACCGAGCAAGUCAGCAUCAAGGAGUGCGAACUCUCGACGUCGUUCUCGUUCAGCCACUUCCCCUCCGAGUCGGCCUUCGCUGCGCACAAGUGCGCUGACUCGUUCAAGGCUGAAGCUCGAGGCUG